AUGCCUGGAAGCGACCGGGAUGAAAAUGGAUGCAUUGGCUCUGCUGGAUACAUCUGGUGCCCUGAACUGCAGGAGUGCGUUCAACCAUGGGAUCAAGAUUGCCCAGUCGAGGGCACCAAAUUUGAAGGACCGGCCACUAUCCAAUGCAGCGCAGAUAUGAGAUGCAGUGCGAGUGAUGCCUGCCUUAUUGAUAUGGGUCAAUACUUUGUGACUGGACCAUACAUGACUGGUGUCAAUGGCACUCUGAACCUUCCAGAGGGGUGCACUGCCAACUGUACUGGAUGUUCGGAACCGCAAGAUGAGCCAUUGAUUGGAGGAGAAACCGAUGAACAUGGUUGCCUUCCAUCAGCAGGCCAAGUCUGGUGUGUAUCCAAAAACCAAUGCAUUUCGGCGACCGAAGAAUGUCCUGUGAAUGGGGAGACGUUUGAGGGUCCCACUAGCAUUCAAUGCCAAGAAGGAGCCUGCAGCGUCAACAAAGAUUGCAAGAUUGACAUGGGAACCUUUACCAUUGGAGGUCCUUAUUUGAAUGGGCUGACUGGCACAUUUUCCCUUCCCAAUGGUUGCACUGCCGAUUGCACAGGGUGCCAAGAAGCCAACGAUGGGUCUGGAGGACGUCGCCUUCGAGGCAGCACAAGCAACUGA